UUAGAGGGUGUAAUAAACCUGACUGGCAAGUCGUUUGUGUGUAUUCUCCACGAGUACUGUCAAACUGUGAUCCGCUCUCCACCAACCUAUCAGACAGUAGUACUGGAAAAUGAGAAGAAUCCAUACAAAUUAACCGUGCUGAUAGGCGGGACACCAUAUGCGACCGGUGUCGGACGGAGCAAAAAACAAGCACGACUGGAAGCCGCUCGCAAUGCCUUAUCUCGGUUGAUACCCGAUUUCGAUAAAAUCGUUGGUUCACACAAUCCAACUAACGGUCCUACAGUGGCCUCUGAACGUGACUUGCAGCUGUUUGACGGAGUCUCUAUUACUGAUCCACGACUUUAUGAAAUGUCCGUUCGAAUGGCUUUCCCCACCCCACACAACUGCCUCGUGGAGUGUCUCAGCCGGAAUUGUGUACCUGAGAGUGAUCUGAAAGCCAAUAUGAUGUCGCAAGGUCGUAGUAAACACUUCUUCACAUUGCAGUUACGAGAACAUUCCAUAAAGGUCCCGUGUAGGAACAAGCGAGAAGGUCGACAUCUGGCAGCACAGCAUUUGCUCGCUCGACUGCAUCCGGAGAUAACUUCUUGGGGCGGUAUUUUGCGGAUUUACGGACCCGGUACCAAGCCUGAUAAACGCGGUGAAUUAGAAACUAUUCAAGGAGCACAAAAUCAGGAAAAGUCUGCAGUCAAGACGAGUUUGAUUCGAUUGUUGAAAACUAAGAUGCGGGAACUGGCUGAUCAGUGGGAGAAGGGUGGACAGAACAUUCAUCACAAGGGAAAAUUCAUCGUAUCUGCGGACAAUUUACCUGUCGUAACAUUCCAUCCGGAUUCCCAAACCGACAUUUACGGGUCAGUCCCGGCGCCAUCCUCCCCAUCACCGCCGACACUGUCGCCUUCCACCAAGGACUGACGAGUAGGCCUUAGCUGCGCUGUUGGCAGUCCUUGUUAUUUUUUCUAAACGCCAUUUACCGGCGGCUCUGUUCUCGUUCACUAUGCGCUUUUUAUGGCCGAGGAAGCAUUUACUCUGGUUUGUCACCCACUGAACACUUAUUGCAUUUGUCCUUACCAGUGGAUUAGAUAUCACUUUCAAUGCUAUUCUCUUCUGAUUGUGAUGAUCACUCUAUCAAAAAUUGGCGUUUUAGGUUGCCAGUUGUGCUUUCUAGCUUCCUGCCUGGUUGUUUGGCCGAUCCUAAAGAUCUCGGAAGUUAUACGUGUGUCUAAGUUGUC